CCGAUGCUCGUGUUCCCAUUGUAGGUGCUUUUGGACAGGGGUCAUCAUGGGCACUCUGACCGGUCUGUGGCUAAGCAGCCCCAUACACAGCAGGGUGUGAUGCACUGUGUAGUCUGUACGUUUGAUGCUGACAGACCAGGGUAAACAGUGGGAAGAGAUCAUUGUAACUGGACAGACGUGGGGCACUCUAAAGAAGAGCUGUCUUUUUGGCCAGCUGCCUAAACUGGAAGACGGAGACUUGACUCUUUUCCAAACCAAUGCAAUUCGACACUAUUUGGCACGCAGACUUGGGGUUUAUGGGCAAAAUGAAAAAGAAACUGCUUUGAUUGACAUGAUGGAUGAAUCGCUAACAGAUCUUGAGGCUAAAUACAUGAAGCUCAUCUACCAAGAAUAUGAGUCUGGAAAAGACAAAUAUCUGCAGGAACUGCCUCAAAACCUUGCCCGAUAUGAAAACAUUCUGAGCUGCAACAGAGGAGGAUUUCUGGUUGGCUCACAGAUCUCUUUGGCAGACUAUAUUUUGUUGCUGCUGCUCUUAAAUAAUCAGGUUCUCUCUCCAUCCUGUCUGGACUUGUUUCCCAUCCUGAAGAGUUAUCUGGACAGACUGUGUUCUAAACCUAACCUAAAGUCCUACCUCCAGAGUGAUGCCUUCAAGAACAGUCCCAUCAAUGCCAGUGGAAAAAAGUGAAUACAUUAAUUUGAAUUGUCAGUAAAUCUGAAAACUCUUUUGCCAAAUGAAAUGUGUCAAGUUACUCAUUUUCUAACUCAGUUAUCUGUCUUAUAUUAUCUGAAUGAUCAUUUGUCUUUAAUAUGGGAAAUAGGUAAUACAUAAUCGAAUAAUAGCAAAGACAGAUUGUUACUGCCUCCUAAAGCUGUCAAUAUUGCUCAAAUAAAUUAGAUUUCCUUUAUUUAAAUAAACUGUGUGUGUUUGGUAACAGUGAUGGGAAGUUCAACUCAUUUCUGUAAAUUAGUUCUUUUGAACAGUUCAUUUCAUUGAACCGGUUGAGAAAAACGAUUCAGCGGUUCUUAAAUGUCAUCACCUAAUUACAUCAUCUUAUGGUCCCUGACAUCCAGGCGUACAUUACAUAUGCUCUUAAGCGUUCCCCCCAAAAAAAAAAAAAC